UGGUAACAUGCAUGAAAUAUGAAAAGAAGUAAACAAACAAAAUAUUAUUAACAGCAUUCCAAGACAAGAAAUAGUGAAAGUUUAUUUAAACCUAAUAAUUAUUUGUAUGUAUUAAAAUGAGUUCAGAUUCUCAAACUACCGAGCAAAAACCAGUUUUCAAAUCGACCUCCUGGUUCUCAUCAAGACAAUCGAAGAAACGCACUUGGAAAGGACUCAAACAAAUAAUUUCAUCGGAGAAAGCGUUACCCUGGCCUGAAAACGUGGUACACUACAGUAGUAUCAAUGCACCGCCGUCGUUUAAGCCUCCCGAAAAAUUUUCAGAUCUUUCUGGCCUAUCAGCUAACUACACGGACCCACAAAGUCGAUUGCGUUACGCAAACAAGGAUGAAUACGCCACCCUGAUUGAUUUGCCUAUGGAUAUUACUGCUGGAUAUUUGGCAUUGCGUGGGGCUACAAGUAUUGUAGGUUAAUUUACACAGGCAUUGCUGUUUCUGUGUGUGAGGGGAAGACCACAAGAGUAGACACAAAUUAAGACUGUACUCUGUACAGAAUGUUGUCAAAUGAAGUUUUUCUCUCUAACACAGAAUUUCACCUAUUUUUAAAUAAAAUUGUUCCUGCAUUUGCAUUUUGGACAUUCUCCUAUUCCAAAAUCGAAAUUGCAAUGCAUUAAUAACGUGACCAUUUAUUUCUGGACUCAAAACGGGACAAACGCUUAUUUAAGUCAAUUACCAGUUUCACAAUAGAAAAAACACAUUCUUAAUAAGUUUUAUUUUAAUUAUUGAAAGAGUACUGCAAAUUUAAAUAAGUAUUGGUAUGAAACAUAAUUGCUCAGGUGUUUUUAUAUUUUUCAGAGGAACAAAUCUGAUUCAAUAAAUGUUUCUAGAAUAAGGACCCUGAAAUCAUCACCAGUCCUUAUUCUAAAAACAGAAACCGGGGAUUAGCGUUCCCAGAAGAACGAGUGUUUUGUCUUUGUUACUUAUAUUAGAUAUCAUUUGCAUGUCAUUUAGAAAGAUGGAACACUUGUUCUCUUGGGAACGUUGCUCCCCUGUUUUAAGAAUAAGGGAGGAUUUUCAUGCAUCCGUUUUUCCGUCGAAAUAUGUCCGUAAAGUCUUCUAUUUUGACAUAUUUAUAUACGAUUAUGUCAGAAUAGAAUGUUAAACGGACAUAUUUCGUCGGAAAAACGGAUGCAUGAAAAUCCUCCUUAAGGACCCGGUAACCAUGUAAGAAUUAGCUCUAUCCCAACCGACAUGAAAACCGUUCUAGAACGAUAAUUUCCAGUCGAUCAAUUCAUUUGUCAAGUAGGAUAAACGCUCAACUUAUUGAAAAAUAGGUGUGCAACUCGAAAUUGUUGGUUCUGGAACGGUUGGAACAGAGCUAAAAUUCUUGGCACGUUUUUUUAAUCUUAAUCUUGGUUAUCAAUAUUGCCUUGAUAACCGAGACCUGUAACUGGGUUUUUUCUGUUGUCCACAGUUUGUUCAUCAAAGAAAAGACCCUUUCUACUGGUGCGUUCGAGAACCAGGUGAGCCAUUGACCGAACACUCUAGUCCUGACUGGGUGUCUAUUCUCGAAAACGGGGAACAGCGUUCUCAUCAGAAUGAAGGUUCCGUCUUAGUCGCCCAUAUUUAUAUUUCUAUGACACUGACAAAGACAGCGCAAUCGUUCUCGUGAGAACGCUGUUCAGUUUUCGCCGAUUUCGAGAAUAGACGCAGACACACUGGAGUGAAAUUCAAGCAUAUAACAUUUAUGAUAUGACAUACGCCAUUAUUAUUUUCUUUUCCGUGGGGUUUGGGAAAACGGGACAAUUUCGCGUCCCGUAGUGUUUCUCGGGGACACCAGGGCCCGUAUUCUCGUCUCCAGGGAACAGGGUUCUCUCAAGAGAACGAAUGCUCUGUCUUAGUCAUCCAUAUUGUUAUUGCCAUAAUACUGACAAAGAUAGAGCAACCGUUCUCUUGAGAGAACGGUGUUCCCUGGUUACGAGAAUACAGGCCCGGGACGGAGAGCUGAAAUAAGGGACUGUCCCGUUGAAAACGGGUCGUAUGGUCACGUUAUGCAUUAAGUAUGUACAUUCAUCUAUGGGUUAGGUUUUUUAUGUUAUACACAGAUUAAUGUUAUAUUUAUGAUGACAUUAAUUCUGAUGUAAAUGUGAUGUCAUCCUAAAUAUAGCCAUCUCUGAUAUAGGGUUCAUUGGAUAUAGUGUAAAAACCCUAUAGAUAAUAGUUAUUUAUACACCAAGUGAGUUAAAUGAAUGUUUAUUCAUGAGAAGAAAGUUCGAAUGAAUAAAACAUUCUAACUCACGUGAUGUAUACAAAAUUUUAUCCCAUUUUGUGGGAAUUUACAAAAUAAAGUACAAGUAAAAAUGCCCAGAGUGAGUUAAAAAUAUUUUAAAUCACUGAGGUGUCGGACUUUUAGUUGGGCAGAGUGACUUAUCAAUGCCGAGAGUGACUUAAAUUUUUUUUAAAUCAGUGAGGUGAUACACGUCUACUUACCUCUAUCGUUAUGCGUUCAAUAAUGUCAUUUUUAAACGUCAAAAUGGGAUAACAUGAAGAUGAACUAAGUAGUUGUAGCUUGUUUUACUGCAUACAGGGUGUUUUCUAAUUGAAUGUCAAUAUUGACAAUAUUCAAGGAGACAAGCUGCUUACGGUCAAGCACUUUUCUUACCUAAGUUAAAGUUAGUUUCUUAGCUGAGCUAAGUUGUUUGAUCGUACGCGCAAUUCAUAUAGGCUGAUCAGCUGCCAGCUGCCUAUCAAGUUACGACUCACGUCACAUAUUUCUAGUUCGGGUUCUAGUUACGACGAGAGUUUCAGGUUCAGUUUGUUGUUUUUAUUAAUUCAAUUCAAAUUUCGAAAAAUGCGUACUUCGCGCCAACUUAGGUCAGCUAAGUUAUCUCAGUUAAAAAUCUGGGUGUCUUAGCAGGGGAAAGGGGGGAAGGCAGAUUCUAACUUAGUUGUGAUAGAUCGUACGCGCAACUAAGUUAGAUUCUUUAAGUUAGGUAAGAAAAGUGCUUGAUCGUAAGCAGCUUAUUAUUUUAGGGUCUAUUUCAAGAAGUAAACUUCAUAUGAAGGACGUGUGUCCAAGAAAUAGAUUAAUUUUUUUUUGGUGAAAACCAUGCGUCAAGUGGUCAACUUUGCUUAGAAUUGAUUUGGGAAUGGGGAUUUCAAUAAUUUUUAUUUUAAGAGAAAUCGGUGGCAUACUGUUCGUUCCACAAGGGUUUGUACUUACGCUUGACUAAAACAAAUUAAUUACGUCAAAAACGUUCGUUGGUUUUCAAGCCAGAAGUCAUUCAAUACAAUACAAAAUCUGAACGCUAUUGAAUUUAUAUGAAUCAAUCUACGAUAAAUAGUUUUUCCCGAGUUAUGACACUAUCGAUGUCAAAAGUAAAAACCUUCGUGAAAUGAACCCUAUCAUAAUUGGCAGGUCAAAUUCCGUACAAAUGCCACUGGUGGAAAUUGAAAGAAUGUGGUAAAGUCUGUUUUUUUUAAAGAUAAUUCCCCAAGUCAAAAAUUUAGUAACUAUGUUGGCAACACAAGCCUUUUCUACAUAAAAAAUUUAAAAGCAUUGACAACUGUACAUUGUAUUGCCAACAUAAUGUCAUUUUGACUUUUAUCUUUAAAAAAAAACAGGCUUUACAUUAGAAAAUGUCUCUUGAUAAAUAGUACAGUAUGCCAAACUUCAUUAAAAUAUCCAAAGGGGUCUUAACAGUAACAGAAUAGAUAUUAAUAUUUAUAUUUCUCAUUUUAAACUAUUUAUAUAUAUUGUUGUUUUUUUUUUCUAUUUUAGACUGUUCAUUUGUUUUUUCCUAAUUAUUUAUUGUUCUCCACAGAUAAUAUUGAAAGACCUUGUUGGGUGCAUAUUAACCAAAUUAGUUGCUAAUCUUUUUUUAUCAUAGCUUUUUAUCUAUUUGUUGAGAAAUAUGAAGCUAUCACUUGUCAGAUAUUUUUGUUUUUCUAUUGUUCUUGCUUUUUUUUACUCUGAGUGUUUUUAUAUGUAGAUACUUUAUUUGUAAUUUUAAUAAUGAAUAGAUUUAAGUGUUUUAAAUUAAGUUUGCUUUGUCAAUAAGAUUUAGAGUUUCUUGGACAAUAAAGCAUGUGUACUACUACUACUACUACUACUACUACUACUACUAAUAAUAAAUGAUUUAUUUUUAAAAUCUUAUCAAUCCAAAAAUCGCCCCCUUAAAUAUUGACAUUCAAUUAGAAAAUACCCUGUAUAUCAAUAUAAGACAACUGACUGCAAAAGGAUAAAGUACAAGUUGAGUCAUGAACACAAAAUUACAUUGCAAUUGGAAGUACCAUGAUGAAAAAAAGAGAAGAUAAGCAAAUUUCUGGAUCCCUUCAGAUCAGAAUUUGCGUAGUUUUAAUCACAAACUAAUAAUUAAUUAUUCUAAUUCUAUCAACUAUUUGAAUUUAAAUGUAUCAAUUAAAAAAAAAACUUCAAUUUUAAUAAAAUACAUACUUAUACAAAU